GGAGUUUACCAUAUAUGGACAAAGCCAAGCCGAGUGGCAGCUCUACCUGCUUCCGUGUUUGUACGACCCGGGAGCGCUCGUCUGGGGUGCUGCUGUCUCAACAAUUUCCUUCAUUUCUACGUGAAACGUUAAGCAAGUGACCAACAGCAACAAUGCCGCAUGAGCUGAUACGUGUGUUCGCCAGCCUCCCUCAGAUGGAAAGGGGCGUUUCCAAAGUGAUUGGUGGCGAUCCCAAAGGCAACAACUUCCUCUAUACCAAUGGAAAAUGUGUCAUCAUCAGGAACAUCAAGAACCCUGCCAUAGCAGAUAUUUACACCGAACAUGCCCAUGCGGUAACUGUUGCCAAGUAUGCCCCCAGUGGAUUCUACAUUGCAUCUGGAGAUGUAUCAGGAAAGAUUCGUAUCUGGGACACCACCCAGAAAGAACAUCUACUCAAGUAUGAAUAUACUCCCAUCUCGGGCACGAUCAAGGACAUUUCUUGGACGGAGGACAGCAAGAGGAUGGCCGUUGUUGGCGAUGGACGAGAAAAGUUUGGGGCGGUGUUCCUGUGGGACACUGGCGCUUCCGUCGGAGAGGUUUCUGGCCACUCCAAAUAUAUCAACAGCGUAGACAUUCGCCCGAAGCGGCCCUACCGCCUGGCCACCGGCAGUGAUGACACCUCUGGUUCUUUCUAUGAGGGACCUCCCUUCAGAUUUAAGUGCACGCUACGUGAUCACUGCCAGUUUGUCAACUGCGUUCGUUUCUCUCCUGAUGGAAGUCGCUUUGCCACGGCUGGAGCUGAUGGCCAGAUUUUUGUCUAUGAUGGUGGCAAUGCUGAGCGUGUCUGCGCCCUUGGAGAGGAAAAGGCUCACAAAGGAGGAGUCUAUGCUCUAAGCUGGAGCCCGGACAGCUCCCAGCUGAUAUCUGCCUCAGGGGACAAAACUGUCAAACUCUGGGAUGUUGGUGCAGGUACUGCGGUCACCACCUUCACUAUGGGCAAGGAUGUAACGGACCAGCAGCUGGGCUGUCUGUGGCAGAACGAACACCUCCUCAGCAUCUCCCUGUCAGGCUACAUUAACUACUUGGACAAGAACAACCCUGAUCGGCCCAUACGCACCAUCAAGGGCCACAGCAAAUCCAUCCAGUGUGUUACAGUUCACAGGAGUGAUGGACGACCAGUCAUCUACUCCGGGAGUCAUGAUGGACACAUCAAUUACUGGGAUGCAGAAACUGGUGAGAACGAUUGUUUCUCAGGGAAGGGCCACAGCAACCUGGUGAGCCAAAUGGUGGUCAAUGACAGUGAAGAGCUGGCGACGUGCAGCAUGGAUGACACGGCGCGCUACACAAACGUCAACAAGAAGGAUUACAGUGGCUCUGAUGUGGUGAAAAUGGAUUCCCAGCCGAAAAGCAUCUCUGCAGCAGCAGGAGGCCUGUCACUGGUCGUCUGCAUUGGGCAGGUUGUCUUAAUGAAAGAUAAACGAAAAGUCUUCACUUUAGAUAACCUUGGCUAUGAACCUGAAGUAGGAGCUCUCAACCCUUCAGGCUGCACUGCCGCCGUGGGAGGAGCAGAUGGUACAAUCCGUCUGUACUCGGUCCAGAGCGGCACUCUGAAGGAUGAGGGUAAAACCAUACAGGUUAAAGGGGCAGUCACAGCUAUGGCUUACUCCAACGACGGAGCCUAUUUGGCUGUCAUCGAUGAGAAGAAAGUGGCCACAGCCUUUAAUGUGGCAGACGGCUACUCGGUCAAAAAUGAGUUUUAUGGACACCAUGCAAAACCAGUGACCUUGGCGUGGUCCCCUGAUAAUGACCACUUUGCAACUGGAGGCAUGGACAUGAUGGUUUAUAUCUGGACUGUUAGUGAUGCAGACAAGCGGAUGAAGCUGUCAGACUGUCACAGGUUGCACCAUGUUAGCGGCCUGGCCUGGACCGACGAGAACACUCUGGUCACCACCUCCCAUGAUGCCAGCAUCAAGCAGUGGACUAUUACAUACUAAGCAGCAGGCGGACAAUCCAAUCCACUUUAUUCAUAUACCACAUUUUAUAAACACUGUUUCCAAAGUGCUGCACAAAAUAAUAAACAAUACGUAAAAAAAUACAAAAUCAAUGUAGUAAACAUAAUAAAAACACACAUUUGAGACAUUAAAAACAUUGAAAAGAACAGAAACAAUAAAUCAGAGAAGUAGUUAAAAGUUAACUUAGUAAAAACUAAGAUAAGUAAAACCAAUCCAAAAUAAACAAACUCAGGCCGAGUUAAAAGGCAAAAAAUAAAAGUGGGCUUUCCACUGUGGGAGCCGUUCUGAAUGGGGGGAGUGUGUUCCAUAACUUGGGGCCGAUAACAGACCCUUGGUCUUAAGUUUCGACUUGGGCACCAAGAGUUGGAACUGGCCUUCGGACCUCAAUGACCGCGCUGGCGUGUAAAUUUGGAUGAGGUCUGAGAUGCAUUUGAGGGGCCAACCCAUUCAACGCCUUUAAAAACAAACAGUAAAAUAUUCAAAUCAAUUCUAAAACGAGCAGGCAACCGGUGCAAGGAGGCUAAAAUUGGGGUCCUGGGCUUUGGGUACCAGUGUAAUUAAGGCAUUAGGGCACUCAUUGAGCUAUAAAGAGUUUUGAGCCAACCAGAACUUGACGUCAAGUUCUGGUUUCUCGAGUGGUUUAGCACUCGAGAAACAGGAAAAGCACCCACAUCUCCAGGGACAGGGACUACUGUAGAAUUCCAUAUUUCCAUCUUUUAUUUUUUUUUUGCACUAAAUCGAAAUGGUGGGUGGUUUUUUUUUUUGGUGUCUGUAAACAUCUGAAUUGUAAACGGUUGUGGUAAAAAGACAAAAAAAAAAUAAUUUUAAUGAAAGCAAUCACAGAAUUGUCUAAUGAAAUAAGCGAAUUUUGCAGCGAGUGUGUUUCGGACCCGGCUCAACAUUCCAAAAAGUAUAAUAACACUUGUCAGUGUUGUUUUAACACAAUAAAGACAUUUCAUCUUUUGCUUACAUUCCUGACAUGCAAAGUCCUCGA